AGAAAUCGGAUCCCCCUCCUUUAGAAAAUCGUAUCCGCCCCCUUAUUCCCCUAUUCUCUCAUAGACAGACCCUCACUCUCAAACGAAAAUAAAGACGCUCAUUCUCACCUCUCAUUCAUGGACGCGCACACACACGUCUGAACACACACGGAAGAACGGACCUCGUAGUAUCUUAAACACAGCAACAGACCAGUUGUCUCCGUCCGGUCGCCGGAAUUUAGUUCCCUGCAAUUACCGAAUCUGAAAUUUGCUUCUCUGCAAUUAGCCACUUUUUUCGCUAUUGCUCAGACCACUCAAAUAUGGAGAUGGAGGAGGAAGAUGAUUAUGUUGAGUAUAUACCAGUUGCAAAGCGCAGGGUAAUUGAGGCGCAAAAGAUACUUCAACGCAAGGGGAAAUCUGAAGCAUUUGAAGAGGAAGAGGAGAAAAUAAAGCUGGUCGAGGCUAAGCCUAGUUUGCUUGUGAAGGCAUCUCAGCUCAAGAAAGAGCAACCUGAGAUAAGUCAUGCCGAACAAGUGUUUCAACAAGAGAAGGAGAUGAUUGAGCAUUUAUCUGAUAAGAAGACGCUGAUGUCCGUUAGGGAACUAGCCAAAGGCAUUACUUAUACGGAGCCUUUGCGCACAGGGUGGAAGCCACCAUUAGCCAUUAGGCGGAAUUCAAAGAAAGCUUGUGAUGCCAUUCGUAAACAGUGGCAUAUCAUCGUAGAGGGGGAUGAUGUUACCCCACCAAUCAAGAACUUCAAGGACAUGCGGUUCCCUGAACCAAUUCUGAAGAAACUCAGAGCAAAGGGGAUCGUUCAGCCAACCCCGAUUCAAGUACAGGGGCUUCCAGUCAUUUUAUCAGGCCGGGAUAUGAUAGGCAUAGCUUUCACAGGAUCGGGUAAGACAUUAGUUUUUGUGUUGCCACUUAUCAUGGUUGCGUUGCAAGAAGAAAUUAUGAUGCCAAUUGCCCCUGGGGAAGGACCUUUUGGCUUGAUUAUUUGUCCAUCUAGAGAGCUUGCUAGACAGACAUAUGAAGUUAUAGAAGAGUUUAUAGAACCUCUGAGGGAGAGUGGUUAUCCUGACUUGAGGCCUUUGCUAUGUAUUGGUGGAGUUGAUAUGAAGUCUCAAGUUGACGUUGUGAAGAGGGGAGUUCAUAUAGUUGUUGCUACACCUGGAAGACUGAAAGAUCUGCUAGCGAAAAAGAAAAUGAACCUUGACAAUUGCAGAUACUUGACGCUAGAUGAGGCAGACAGAUUAG